CCUAGCAAGGAGGCUAGCAGCCAGGCAGCCAGCCAGUCGUCGGAGCCGCGCGCCAGUCUUCGACGAGCUCCCCGACGAGCUGACUGCCAAUGCCGGUUCGGUCUGCUCUGGCACCGGGAGAAUAUCACCCCUUCUCGUAGAUCAAGAGGUGCGUUCGAACGUGACGCGUUGUCCCCGUCCUCACUCGCCGACUGGCCGCUCCCGGAGGAAGAGCUUUCCGAGUCUCGGCUCGAGGACGGUCGACGAGUCCGCGUGGAGAGUGUGAUCGUAGCGAGAACGCGUCGCCGAGGAUGUGUCAGGAUACGAGAUCCUCGUGAGAGCAGUGUUCGUCAAGGACCUAUCGCAGUACAUUGUUCUGCAUAGGCCUAAAAUAGAAUAAUUUGAUUUUUCUUUAUCUUUUGGUUAUUCACGUUUAUACACAAAACAUAAGACUCAACGUUUCAUUGGGAAUAUCGGCAUCCUCCCCUCGCCUCCCCGUUCACCCUUACCCAGAGACUGGGGGAUCCCUUCUAUAUCAUUCGCUGUUCGUUCUUCCUCGGAGAUACGUCGGCUGGUUACGUUGGGAUUAACGUAAAUCGACGGGUAUAAAGUCGCCGUCGGUUUUAUUACGCUAGACGCACAUUAGCGUCACGGUGCUAGCGGCGCUUGUGUAAAAAUACAUUGUCCUCCUGUUUCGAGCGUACUUCACGUCAUUUCGAUCGUGGCCAUUCGAACUGCGGAAUCGGUCAGACUUUUUAAAUACGAUUAGGAGAAAAAAGACUACGGCUUGUAUUUAUUUUGGAUAAGUGAUAUUAAAUUCACCUCUUAACCAGUCAUUCUGAUCGAUACCUUUUCUACUGUUCUUGUGAUUCGAUCGUACCGCGUGUCCGUUGCUCUUUCUCACCCUUGGGUCAUUCGGCGCGCACGACAGUUGCCACGCGUGACCAAGAACCACGAGACGUUAUUUUAGAGUAGAGAUCGCCACGGGCAGGCGACGGAACGGACGCCAACGACCGCGAGCACGAGGUCCGGUAGAAGUGUGUCGACCAUCAGGAUUAGAGGGAAGGAGGAGGAUUCGUGCAAGAAGAAGGAACAGGAAGGAGUGCCGGCAGUGGCUGCUGGGCCUGGAGAGGAGCCGGUACGCAGGAUCGUACCGAUCGUAUCGGGGGCCAGAUAGAAGAGGCGGAGGAAGAGUAAAAGGAGUAUCGUACCGGAGUACGUAGAAGUACCCAGGUCCAGGAGGGAGACACAGAGGUAGAAGAAGAGCGAGGAAGAGAGAGAACUAUAGAGAUAGAGUGUCAGUGGUGCAGCGGGGUAGGAGAAGGAAGAGGAAGAGAAGGUGGUGGUAGUAAUAGUAGUGGUAGUGGUGCGGUGCUGGUAGUAGUGAUGCCUCGUAGUGCGGCGUCGAUGCCAGGAAAAGACGACGUCGCCGGUGUCGAGCGGAAGCGCUGACGCGACCAGCCUUCGCCGCUGGCCCCGGUGCAGGACAUGAACGGACCCCACGCGAGGGCCCGCAUCCCUCGUCGCAGACGUCACGCUCGUCGUCGCAACCCUUACACGACGAAGAACGGCGGCGGCGGCGGCGUCGGCGGCGGCGACGACGACGACGAGAGGCAACACGAACUCCUUGACUCCGAAAGAUUGUUCGAGCCGGCUCAAGCCGGCUGGAGUCUCAGCCACGAGGAGGACCUGCUCCUUGGACACUUUACAGACACGAGACACGAAACCAAGGCCUAUCAGCAUACUCAUCGAAGACGCCGACGGCGAGGACGUCGACGACUUGAUUCAGCGACUUUCCUACUCGUAGCGGCAGCUACGGCCUUCCUUGCUCUCGCCACCCAAGUACCACCAGUGUCCGGUGCAUCCGGCGAGAAGGAAGAAGCGGUAGAAGCCACUGCAGUUGCGGCUGCAGCUACCGUUGGUCCAACUGGGAUGAUCAUGUCGAGAGGAUCCAGUACGGGCGCCGUUGGCCUCGAGACGGCUGGCAGCAUAGAUCUCUUGGCCGCACUGCAGCUUCACAAUACGACCAGGAUAGGAGUCAGUCCAGUUCCGGGUCUAGUAAGGUUAAGGCCUGCCUAUUAUCUUCAAGGCAACGAGAGGGAGCUCCGGGUGAGCGAGGCGGGUUUCGAAAGAGCGGCCGCUCUUCUCCGGCGGGUUCCGGAGUUCACGGUGGCCGCGGCACUUCGACAAGAAGAGGCCAACUCAGGCACUAUCGUUGCCUUCUCUCACGGCAAUAACAGGUAUUUGGAGCUGCAGAGUAGCGGACGCAAGGACGAACUUCGGCUCCACUACGUCUCGAGAAGAGACGGCGCCGUACACGUGGAGGCCUUCCCCUUCAGAUUGGCAGAUGGCGCUUGGCACAGGGUCGCCCUGAGCGUCAGUGGCUCGCAGGUCGAGCUCCUCGUUGACUGCCAUCCUCUCUACAGGCGUCUUCUGCGGCCUGGACCGCCGGAUACGAACUUCACUGUGCCCCAGCUACAGCUCUGGGUCGGUCAAAGAAACGCCAAGCACUUCCUCUUCAAGGGAGCUUUGCAGGAUGUCAAGCUGAUACCCGGUGCCCACGGAUACUUGUCCCAGUGUCCUCAGCUCGACUCCUCCUGUCCGACCUGCGGCCAGUUCUCCAUUCUCCAAAACACCGUCGAGCAGCUCAUGCAGAACCUGAACGAGCUUACGCGGAGGCUAGCUGCCGCAGAGGGUAGGAUAAGCAAGGUAGAGGAGUGCGAGUGCCAAAAGGCCUGCAGGGUUAACGGGACCGUGCACGAUGAUGGUGCGACCUGGGAAAAAGGGUGCCAGCAAUGUUCCUGCGUCCACGGUGAGAUAGAGUGCAGACCGACGCCCUGCGUUCCAGUCACGUGCAAGAACCCCGUCUUGCCUGAGAAUCAAUGCUGUCCCAUCUGUCUCAAGCAGUGCUAUAUUCACGGGAUGAUCUCCGAUCACGGGGAGAAGGUCUCACCGAAACAAUGCGUCGAGUGCGACUGCAACGACGGCAGUUUCACCUGUCAAAGAAUCGACACAAAAACGAGAUGUCCUCCUCUUCCCUGUCCGCCGAGCGAGCAGAUAAGCGUCGCCGAGGAGUGCUGCAAAUUCUGUCCAGGGGUGGAUUACUGCGCAAAAGGCCACACGUGUCACGCAAACGCAUCUUGCCUCAAUCUUGAGACGAAAUCCGCCUGCCACUGCAAUAUCGGUUUCCAGGGCGAUGGUCAUAACUGUCACGACGUGGACGAGUGUAAGCAACAAGGUGGCUCGGAAGGACAUCACUGUAACGCUAAUACCCGGUGCGUCAACGUCGUGGGCUCUUAUACCUGUGAAUGUCUGCCAGGUUAUGACAGAGUCGAUAAGUUUAAUUGUGCCGAACUCGACGAAUGCGCCACCGGGCGUCAUACCUGUGCCGAGCAUGCCACAUGUAUCAAUACACCAGGAAGCUAUUACUGUCAGUGCAACGAAGGAUACAUGGGUGACGGGCACAUCUGUAAACCGAUGUGCAGUCUGCCCUGCCAAAAUGGCGGAGAGUGCGUAGCCCCAGGAAGGUGUUCCUGUCGACGAGGUUACAUUGGCUCCAGUUGCGAGCUCGACCUAGACGAAUGUGCUAGUGAUCUUCAUCGAUGCGACAGGUUCUCCACCUGCUUCAAUGUGCCCGGUUGGUAUUACUGCAGGUGCAAACCAGGAUACCGUAGCGCACUCCACGACAGCAACCAGGGCACCACCCAGUGUCUCGACAUCGACGAGUGCAACGAUCGCAACCUGGAGAGAAUGCACACGUGUCAUCCAAGCGCGAGCUGCGUCAACACGGAAGGCGGUUACGAGUGCGUCUGUCCAGCGGGUCACGAUCACGAUUGCAAGCUCAGCUGCUGGUUCGAAGGCAGAGAAGUUGAGAAUGGCGAGACUGUCGCACCUGCAGGGAGCCCUUGUAGGCGCUGCACCUGCAAGGACGGUGUGAUCACGUGUCGGGAGCCAAUAUGUGACUGCAGCAUCCCCAGCAGUCAAAGGGAUACAUGCUGUCGACAGUGUGAUCCCAAGUUUUCCUGUAAGCACCAGGAAUUGCAUCACCUUGUGUUCCGAAGUGGUGAACGCUGGAUCUAUCAAUGUCAAACCUGCGAGUGCCUGAACGGCGAGAUCGACUGCUGGCAGAUGGAGUGUCCACCCGUCACAUGCUCUAACCCAGUGACAGAAGACGGCGACUGUUGUCCACGUUGCGAGGAUGAUCCUUGCGCACGGGAUUCCUCGAUCAAUGAAACGUCUUUAAUGAGUAACGGUCAUCCACGACCUUGUAGUUACGCCGGGAUCCUCCACGACAGUGGAAGCUCCUGGCAGGAUCCCCACGACAAAUGCACCACGUGCGAGUGCAAGGUGCCGUACUGCGUCGAAUUGGUGAGCAAUAGCGCGUGUUGUGUGCAUCGGACGGGCAGCUAUGCUGUAGCUACGAUUACGGCUGCGCUGGCGAUCUGGGCAACGAGCGAGGGCGGAAGUGGAAGGCAGGCCAUACUGGUAGCUCUGCUGUGCUGGGCCUAUCGAAAUCUCCGGGAUCUUCGAACGCGAAUGGUCCUUCACCGGAAACAGCAGUAUCAGCGGUCAGCCACGCGAUGCCGACAAGCAGAAGUCGCUCAGCUUCCAGAACGUCGUUCGCCAACGGCAGCCCAAAGGAAGCCAAGGACUCUUCUGAUCUUGCAGCUCGAUCCCAGAGCGAUGGAAAAACCUUCGGCGUCGGGAUCGGCGUCGAGUCUCCAUACCGUCAGUGGCAGCGGCAGUCCACCUCGACGUCGAUGUCGUCAGGCCCUCCUGCGAUCGAUCGUAGCGUCCGGGCUGCUCCUGCUGGGGCUGCUAGCACUGUCAACCCUGGCAGUCAUUCUCGUGGCGUCAAUGGUGGUGAUGGUGUUGCUAGUGAUGGCAGUGAUGAUGCUAGUGAUCAAGGUGUCCCUGUCGAUGCUCGCAGUGCCGAAGGCAGUGAAUCUGGCAAGGCUGGUAAAGUUAACGAGGUACGUCGUAGCGUCACGAAGACAUUGGUGCGUCGCGGCGGCGGAAGUGGCGGUGGCGGUAGCAAUAUGGUCGGUUACGGCGGUACUCCAGGCCGCUUUCCAAUCGCAGCGGAGUCCUCCCUGCCGGAAACGGAUAAGAUACUCGCACAUGUCGGCAAACAGGAGCAGCCGAGGCAGCCACGGCAGGCGAGACAGCCGAGGCAGCUCAGGCAGCAGCUCAAGCAGCGGCAGCUUCCUGGAGGUGUCGGCGUCGCGAGUGGCGCCACCUGAACCCUACUACCCUGAGACUCGAAGCUAGAAACACACGGCAAGGCAUUCCACGACCGCGGGAGAGACUGAAAGAGACACUGUGUCUCUCUACUCUCUCCGGCACUCCUAACCUACUCCUAUGCGAAUUCAAGGUUCAUAUACUAUUACUACUACCGCUGUUACUACUACCACUACUGCUACUACUCCGCUACUCUACUACUGCUGAUGCUACUACUACUACACUACUACUGCUACUACUGCUACUGCUACUAAUACUACUACUAUUCACUAUUACUACUACUAUUACUAUUACUAUUACUACUACUACUACUACUGCAACUACUACCACUACUACAGCUACAAUUACAGCUACCGCUACGAUGUGUGCGGCCGAGUGUUAGCGCGUUAUCCUGGCACGUUGCGCCCUGUCCUUCCCUUUUAUGCGUUUUGUGCGUUAACGGCGCUCACGCAUAAAUCAUACCUGGUUGGAAGUUUCGUUUUCCAAGCGUUUCGACAUUGCCUUCGCAAUCACCCGAAAUCUUGCGAGAUCCGUCGUUCGUACGUAGCGACGUCGUUUUCCGGUUUUCCGUAUAGAAACAGACAAGAAAGAAUCGCGGCCAGAGGAGCGAGGCUUUCCGUUAGCGAGGGAAGAAAAUUCAAUACGCGACCGUACUAUCCUAUCAUUUUCAAAAUUUCAUUGCUACGAAUCAAUCAGCUCUUCGUCAGCUAGUCAAUCGCCAAAUCCCUUCGCUCCAAUUGUUCCUGUCGUCCGGCCCAACACGUCCAACUACGACUACCUUCCUCUUCCUUAAUUAAUUAGCCAGUAACGAGAGGUAUACGCGCCACGUCGCACACACACGAACAUAAACAAUAUACACUCUUACAAAUACCACGCAUGGACAGAUACAGGUAUGAAAAUAUUGGGAAACACGUAAACCCAAAAAUGGUACACAAGAAAAAUUAACUUGAAUAGAACUGUACGCGAAGGAAAAAAAAAACGAGUAAUUAGAAUUUAAUGAAUCUCCAGGCUAAUGGCCAUACGCAACUCGCAAUACGCACCAGAGAAUUAUUGGUAAUCGUUUGUUCAAUGUGCAAUAAUUUAAAUGGUAAAUCGCUUAAUUUGUAAUCGACGUAAUCGUAAGACGUUUUCGUUUUGAGACGCGACGGACAACGUUUUGUCGAGAGCGGGUAUCAGGAAUGGAUAUAAGAAGCGAAUGAAUGAAUUAAUGUUUGCGAAAUCAAGUGACAUACGGAGUGCAUGUGUAUACGUCUUUAUCUGCGUGCUUGUUAAAAAAAGAAAGUGUGAAAAAUUUGAAUUUCAUCGGUGAAACUUCUAGGGGAAUUAGUCGGACGGCUGCCGUAACGUACCUUAUACCCAACCUUAAAGAUACAUUACAAGGCACUACGAAACACUGUAAUACCAUUAGUGCUUCUUAUUACUGUUACGAGUACUGCAUACUGUUACCAUUAAUGAAACUACACUAAAUACUACUCUGUACUACGACCUAUAACAUACGAGUACUGCUACUACUGCUACUGAUACUGUUACUAUUACUACUGCUACUACUAAUUACUCCGUGCUAUUCCACUCUAUACUAACAUUGCUACUCUAUUAUAAAUACUAUAACGUUACUGCCGUUAAAAUUAUCAGUAGUAAUAGAGUAGAACAGUGUCGAGGACAAGGAUGGAGGACAUUGAUGGGGAAAAUCUAAUUACCUUUAACCACGCACAGAUUACACGUAUACUUACACACUCGUAGACUCACACACUAGUCACUCGCUAAGAUACACCGAAAAAUUCAUUUCCGGCAGGAGAAGACGGGACAUUCCAAGGAGAUAAUUACGAGGUACGACAGGGAGAUAGUAUACGAAUUGGGAAUCUAAAAACAAUUUGAGUGAGGAGGUUUAUGAAUUUAGAGAAAAAAAAAAUUGAAAAAAAAAUAAUUAAAAAAACAAAUACGAAAUAAACACAGGGACAUAACGGCGCGAACGGCAGCCGCUCGAUUCGAUUCUCUAUAGGUGAAAAGGAUUGCGAUAAGAGUGCACGUGGCAAUCGUGGAUUCGCAGACGAUACUGGCGGGAGAUUCAAACGGACGCGACGACGGACUAUUCAAGGAAUGCCUAUACUUGAGCUUAACUAAGAUUUAGCGUAUACCUUAAUACAUUAGAUUCUAAUCGAGACUGCGCUUUUAUCUAUACUGUCGUUACUCCAACUCGCAUAAAGAUUUGACUCUAGACUUUCGGGAAACCAGGAAACCGAAGCGUCCUGUAUAUCUGUAAAUAGCAAAGUUUCCUAAUAUUAUAGCUAUGAGGUGAAUUAAAAAAUAUAUAUAUAACCAGCCGAUGAUCAUCCUGGCGCCAUAGGGACUUUAGUAAAAAAAAAAAAAAAAAAAAGAAAAAUAUAUCGGAAACGGGGACGCUUAUUGAUAACCGGAAGUCACGGAGUUCUUUGAAUCCGCGAUUGCUCUUAUCACUCUUAGAGACUCACCUUACUUGUACGUACAUGUACUUUAUGUAUAUGUGACAAAAUAAAACAAAAAAAGUGUAGUUCCUUAACGAGCCGUUCGGCAGACGUCGCUCCGAUAAUAGGAAAGGGAUAAUUUUUGAUCGGACAGGCAAGAGAGGAAGAGAACUUGAGGGUAAGAAUAAUGACGUAAAAUGAAAAAGAAAGGAAAAUUUAUGGAUGAGCUACUCGGGUCAAAUGUCGGAUGAGUGCUGACGAAUGCCGUUGCUCUAAUGUAUAUAGUCGUGAACGUAUAGCUAUAUAUGUAAGUAGGCUAAGCACCAGGUACAUAAAAACCGGGGUGUGCGCAUGCGCGCCGUCGGGCGCCGUCAGGGCGCUCGAUAAAGAUUAACGUUUACAAGUAUAAAGAAUUAAUAAAUUAAUUAAUGAAGGAGAAUCCGUAGACGGUUACGUAUUAAGUGAGCGCGAGCGUCGCGAUACUAAUCCUGUUGCCGUUGCUGUUGCUGCCGCCGUCGGCGCCGCUGCUGCUGCUGUUAUUGCUGCCGCUGCCGCUGUUGAUUAUAUCGAGGAAAACGAAGUUUGAUAACAAUUGUCAUUGGUGAAGAUUACAAAACCUUUGCACAUCGGGGUUGAUAGUAAUGAAAAACGAAGGUGAUAACAAGUAUCGCCAGUCGCCGCCACCGCCAUCACCGCCUCCGACGCCACCGACGCUCUCGUUGCAGUUGCAACUGUACACGGUGUGUGACGUAAUGUAGUCACAAAAAAUAUCAUCAACCGCUCGAUAUCUUAUCAGUGUGCAUCGAUUUGCCGUGCUGGUGCAGAUGAAGAUCGAAUAAAUAAAUGAACAUGUAGGAGAGCGCAUGCUCGCGCUACUCAUUAGAUAAGGAAAGAGAGUUAUAGAUGAAAGAGAGAGAAAUACGUAAACUACGACUAUGUCAGGGAUGAUGUGAGAAUGAUAAUGAUAAUAAUGACGGAGCGGUAGGUUUAGUUGAUAGGACAACGGCGAUGGGUAUUCGCGUCGGGGCGCCUACGAAAUAUCGGAAAUUACUAAUUGCACGCAGUGGUUACUAAUUACACAACUAGAUAAAGAUACGUUGCGAGGCAGUUAUAAGGGAAAGUAAGAGGGAGAGAAAAGUAGAAGAAAGAAAAAGGGUAGCAACGUCGAUAGAGAGGUAGUAGGCGUUUUUGGCACAAUUUAAUUGGCAUCAGUACGAAGACCAACAUUCAUUAACGCAUACCUCGUUGUGUCUGGUAAGAAUCAUAAUCCUGACGCCGUUGCAUGAGUUACGUAUCAUGUUGAUUAUUUAAAACUGAUCUCGUCACAUGACACGAGCCAAACUGCAUGCACGAGUUUAGUACGUUAACACUUUCACUUCCGCUGCAGCACACCGUGCGGCGCUGUGGUCGUAGUAGCCACGUAAGGGGCAGUCAAAGAGUUUAAGGAGCGUUCACAUGAAUUUCUCUUACUGCAUAGUAACUCGUGCAAAAUCGUAAGGACGGCAUCGGGAAGAGUGUCGGUUCGAGGGCGUUUCGUAUUGCGCAAAUCCUGGCCGAGGCGCGCGUAAACGUGUCUUUAAUAACGUGGCGAAACCGUCGGCGACUAUUGAUAGCUACGUUCAGGGUGAAAGAAUGUAGAAAAGAGUGUGUGUGAGAGAGAGAGAGAGAGAGAGAGAGAGAGAGAGAGAGAGAGAGAGAGAGAAGAAACAAAGGUAAAAGGAGAAAGAGAAACGACGCACACUAUACGAUGAAAAGAUAAAAAGAAUAUUAAAGAAGCAAAUUGCGAAUAUUCGCGAUAUCCGAAUAAGAAUCGAUGUCGCCACGGCGAGUGUUGUUCUCUACCUAUGCUCGUAUGGCCGACGUUCCGUGAACGCGGACGCGGAGUCCCGCGAAAUUUGAAUUGCUCAAACGACAUUUUCAAAUCUACACAGACAAUCGGCAAGAUCUAUUAUGAGUCAAAUACCUUUGAUAUUCAGAUUGAAUGCUCGUCAUGGGAUUUCACGUGAUAUCCUUAACCUGACCUUGUAUUUAUAACGACUUGUUGACGAUUCAUUCGUUGGACUUUGCGAACGCGCGUGCGCGGCCUUCUCCAUGCUUCGUCUUCUACGACGAGUGUCUCUGUCUAUUAAGUGUACAUUUAUUCGAUAGCCUACAAUUACCCUUAAUAAAUAAGAUGAUUAAUUUCUAGUCAGGAACCAUACAAGUCCCAUCCAUACCCUUAUCCCCAUCCCUGGCCCACCACCCUCCCUCCUAACCACCCAUACCUACCCCAUUGAAUUAUUUAUGUUAAAUGCGUGUCGAGCGGGACACGCAUCUUUAUUGCCGCGACUCGCGUAUUUGCAUAAGGCGCGCGACGAUGACUAUGACGCUAAUGACGAUUACGAAGACUAUGACGACACCCAAGUAAGAAUUGAUCGGACCAGGACUUUACUAUAACUACGUGACGGUUGGCAUACGGACAGACUUAUGACGGAUUCAUUUUGCGAGAUGAUUAUUAUUAUAUUACGAUUACUAUUGAUUGCCAUUAUAAAUUAUGAUUAUGAUUAUGAUUACGGUUAUGAUUAUAAUUAUAAUUAUCAUUAAGAUGUAAUACCUUUGUAAAUGAGAAUCAAGACAUUGAUGGCUAGGAAAACUUAAUAAAUUGAAAUUCUAUUAA